CGACACCCUCGCAGCCUGUGGCACGCGAUGGCGUAGCUUUUACACACUACACACCUCGAGAAUGACCUCCAAUCAUCCCGAAGGCGAUGCCUCAACGGCACAGCCCUCGGACGACUACACCAACCCCAAUCGAAGCAAAGGCCGCUUCCGCUUCAAACGCAGCUCGUCACCAAGCCGAAGACAUCACGGCCGCCACAAAGAGCACCACCACUCUUCUCACGACGCCGACAGGAAGCGGCACAGCAGCUCCCACACCAGCUCCCACAAAGAUGAAUCCCGCGCCUCGAAACGCCGACACAGACACCACCGCUCCCGCGAACCAGACACCGAUCCCACCCAAGCAACGCCCCUCUCCCCGAGCGCCGCCUUCCGCGAAUCCCUCUUCGACGCCCUAGGCGACGACGAAGGCGCCGCGUACUGGGAAACUGUCUACGGCCAACCGAUCCACAACUAUGCCGUUCCAGAAGUACCCAAGGGUCCGGACGGGGAGCUGGAACAAAUGUCGGACGAGGAGUACGCCGCAUACGUCCGAUCACGGAUGUGGGAGCGUACGCGCGAGGGAAUGCUCGAAGAGCAGGAGCGGCUUCGAGCGGAACGGCAGAAGGCGAAACGACGGGAGAAGGUCAGCGGGGAGAAAGAGAGGGAGCGGCGGGCGUUUGAGCGGGCGAUGGAGGAGAGUCUGAGGCGCGGGGCAGACAGGAAGAGGCGCAAGAAUUGGGAUGCGGUUUGGAAGGAGUAUCUUGCUCGGUGGGAGGAGAUUGGGAGGGUUGUUGAGAAGGGUGUUGCCCAGACCGAGCCCGAGCCCGAGCCCGAGGCCGAGCCCGAGGCUGGGGAGAGUCCACGACUUCGCAAUCUGCUGUUCUGGCCCGUUGAGUCUGGGAAGAGGCGGGAUGUGAGUCCGGACUCGGUGGAGGAGUUUAUGCGGCAUGCGCCGACGGAGGAUUUACUGGCUACGUUGAAGGUGGAGCGGGUGCGUUGGCAUCCGGAUAAGAUUCAGCAGCGGUAUAGUGCGCUGGGCAUUGAGGAGGAAGUUAUGCGCAGCGUUACGGAAGUCUUUCAGAUCGUGGAUAGGAUGUGGAGUGAGGAGAGAGUGCGGGCUUGAGCGUCUUGGUGUGUCGUGGUCGAGGCCACGAUAUACCUGGGGAACCCUGAUGAGGUUCUUGAUGAGACCGAUUACGAUUAUUGCAUUUGAGCAGCGUUUGUACCGUCUAGAUUCAAUUAAUGAUACCCUUCUUGCUACCACGUGAGAUAUGAGAGGCCCUGGCAGCCAUGACUGAUUGGGAUUGCUACCAUGCACUAUACAUGUGGUAGUAUGCUGACGCCCGGUGUUAUUUUGCUGUGGUCAUGUUAAGUGGACUUCGGCAGUAAGGGACCUAAUUUUGGAGAAAGUAUACUACCAAGAGAGUCUCAGCUAGAAAGAACGGAUGGAGUAGUGGCCCCAAGUACAUCACUGACCGCUGAAAACACCGAGAACGGGCCGGAUGUACUUCGGGGACCGAGGAACAACCUCCUGUGAGGCAGCAAAGUAGAGGCUUGACCACGAACAGUGGGGGCUUAUUUGCAUAAUCUGUGCAAGACUCGCCGAGUGCUAUUAGAAAAGGCGACUCUAGUCAAGUCCAAUCCGGGAGACGAGUCCCCAACCACCAAAAUGCAAUCGACGAACUAAUCAUGUCUGGAUUCAUUUCAAGUUAGAACAGAGGAACUGCCUCAACAACGCAAAGUAACCACGAAAAGAAACAUCAAAGGCUAUGCAAGACCCAAUCGUUCGACAGCCAAGAAAACAACAGAUAGGAGGGAGAGAGAGAGAGAGAGAGAGAG